UUAAGGUUCGAUAAGUCAUCAAAGGAGCUCACCUCUACGUUUCUGUAGUCCAUCUGCACUGACUCGGGGAUCAGCGCGACCAAAUUUGUGAAGAAAUGGCCAACAUAGAAGAGAUGAUGGGAAGGUUUUUUUUAUUUGGCAAGAUGUACAGUGUUGAGUUACGAGAGAAAAGCUUUGAUAACUGGCCUUUUCGAGAAGACUGCAACUGUACACCUGAAAUGAUGGCCAAGGCUGGCUUUGUGCACUGCCCCAGUGAGAAUGAACCUGAUGUCGUCAGCUGUUUCUUCUGCCUUAUUGAGUUGGAGGGCUGGGAACCGGCUGACGACCCCUGGUUUGAACACACAAAACGCUCGCCUUCUUGUGAAUUCCUUCUCAUGGGGAAAGAUUUCAGCGAUCUGACAGUGGCUGAGUUCUAUCGCUUGGAAUUGGCGAGGGUGAAGAUCUACGUUAGAAAACUGAUUCAUAGGAAGAUGGAAUGUCUACGGGAUGCAAUAGAUGUGACCCUGAAAGACAUUAAUUCUCAACAGAAUUCUAUAUGAGACAUUCAAAUUGUGAGGAUUUUUAUGAUUGCAAGUCAUGAAUUGUUUGUUUAGAAAGUAAAUAAAAAUGUUUCAUUGUUGCGA